GCGGAGCUGGAGGAGCCUUCGUCUAUCCUCCAACCGCCGCCGGGAGCCGCGCUCCCUCCUCCUCCCUCUUCCUCCUCCCUCCCCCCGCGGCUCGGGGCGGGCGCACAGGGCUCGGGAGCCUCGGGAAGGCCCGGAGCCGCAGCAGCGAGGGCAGACACUCCGUGACUUUGGCAGUGACUACAGAGCCCUCCCAGCAGCGAUGGAGUACAUCAGCACACGGGGAGGCACAGGGGCCGUGGACUUCGAGGGAGCCCUAUUCUCCGGCUUUGCACCCGAUGGUGGGCUCUUCAUGCCCAGCUGCAUCCCCUCACUGGACAGGGCUGUGCUGCAGCGGUGGAGCCGCCUCUCCUACCCUGAGCUGGUGAAGGAGAUAUGUUUCCUCUUUGUUGAGCCUGAGCUGGUACCACGUAGCACGCUUACUGACCUGAUUGACAGGGCCUUCAGCAAGUUCAGACACAAGGAUGUUGUCCAUCUGUCCAGGCUGAAGGAUGGGCUGAAUGUUUUGGAGCUCUGGCAUGGGGUUACUUAUGCUUUCAAGGAUCUGUCCUUGUCCUGCACUGGGCAGUUUUUACAGUAUUUCUUGGAGAAAAGGCAGAAGCACGUCACUGUUCUGGUGGGGACUUCAGGGGACACAGGGAGCUCAGCAAUUGAGAGCGUGAGAGGGCAGAAGAAUGUGGACAUCUUUGUUCUGCUGCCUAAAGGGUUGUGCACCCAGAUACAGGAACUUCAGAUGACCACCGUCAUUGAAGACAACGUCCACGUCUUUGUUGUUCAUGGGAACAGCGAUGAAAUCGAUGAGCCUAUCAAGGAACUGUUUGCUGAUGUCGAUUUUGUCAGAAGGAACAACCUCAUCAGCUUGAAUUCAGUCAAUUGGUCGAGGAUUAUGGUGCAGAUUGCUCACUACUUCUACGCUUACUUUCAGUGUGCCCCGACCCUGGAUAGCACCCCACUGCCAGUGGUGGAAAUUGUUGUGCCAACAGGAGGAGGAGGAAAUAUCACAGCUGGCUGUAUUGCCCUGAAAAUGGGUCUUCCAAUUCAGCUGGUUGCUGCAGUUAACAGCAACGACAUCAUUCAUAGGACUGUUAAAGAUGGAGAUUUCUCACUGUCAGAUCAUGUGAAGGCGACAUUAGCAUCAGCCAUGGAUAUUCAGGAGCCUUACAAUGUGGAGAGGAUCCUCUGGCUGCUCUCAGGCUCUGACAGCCACCUGACGAAAACGCUGAUGGAACAAUUCACUGUGUCCAAAAGGCUGAAGCUGCCGGAGGAUUUGCACAGAAAGGUCUCGGAGACCCUGCGCUCAUGCUCGGCAUCUGAUGAGGACAUCAUGCAAGCCAUGCAGCGCUGCUGGGAGGAGAACCACUACCUGCUGUGCCCCCACUCAGCCGUGGCUGCUCACUACCACUACUCGCAUCUGGACAGCUGUGCCAGCGGCACGCCUCGGUGUUGCUUAGCUCCAGCCUCUGCUGCCAAAUUUCGGGAUGCUGUGCUGCGAGCUGGCCUGGUUCCUGAAAUCCCUCCCGAAAUCGCUGCCCUGACGGCGAUGGAGACCCGGUCCACUGCCCUGCAGCGAGGUGAGGAUUGGGCACAAGUGCUCCGGGACAGCAUCACAGCCCUGGAGCAGCAGCGGGGGAAACAGGGUGGUGGUCUGGCCUCCCCAAGACUGCAGGAUGUCAGUGGACAGGCCUGAGCUUUAGGGAUGUAGCUGGAUGAUACACCCAGGGCUCAUUUUCUAUUCCCAUGAGAGCCCUUUGUUACGCUGGGAUAGAAGCCUAUGCUUUCUGUGCAAUUAUUAGUAGGAACAUAUUUUGCCACUGAAUUACUAGAUUCUUUAAUAAAUUUUUCACAAAGGAA